CUCUCUCUCUAUCUCUUUCCUUCCCUCCAUAUUUACAUUUCCCGGCAAUUUCUCCGACGUCCUCCCGCCACCGCCGAUCAAAUCACUAGCUCUUCAGUGAUAUACUGAUAGAGAAGAUGACUAUAGUAGUGUGAAGAUCCGCCAUAGCUGGUUGGAUCAUGUCAAUUUCAGUCUAUUUCCACGACGACCUACUUUGUAAAGAGGAGGAGGAGGAGGACUCUCGUUUACCGUAUCGUGACCAGAUGAAAUGUUCAUCUUCUCUGGAUGAAUUCAAUGAAUCGGUUACGGAGUUCAUCGAAGCGGAGAAGAACUUCGUUCCUGGACUUGAUUAUGUUAAGCGACUUCAGUCUCGAUCUCUAGAUCAAUCAGCUCGGGAGGAAUCUAUCGCUUGGAUUGUUAAGGUACGAUCUCACUACGGUUUCCAGCCGUUAACGGCGUAUCUAUCUAUCAACUAUCUCGAUCGUUUCCUUCAUUCUCGUAACUUAUCGAUAAACAAUGGAUGGACGAUGCAACUGUUAUCAGUUGCUUGCUUAUCACUAGCAGUAAAAAUGGAAGAACCUCUUGUUCCAUCUCUGUUGGAUCUUCAGAUCGAAGGUAGCAAAUUUGUUUUCGAAACAAAGAUAAUACAGAGGAUGGAAUUACUCAUACUCGGUGUUCUAGAUUGGAGGCUAAGAUCCAUUACUCCAUUCACCUUUCUCAGCUACUUUGCUAGCAAAUUGGAUAAUCAUAAUACUGAUUUUAUCAUCUCGAAAUCAACUGAGAUUAUCAUGUCUAAUAUCCAAGAGAUUAAUCUUCUCGAAUAUCAACCAUCAACCAUUGCUGCAGCAACUGUUCUCCAUAUAUCCCAAACCAUUUCCAAUCUUUCUUGCUUGAUUUCCGAAACAUGGUUUGAUCAGGAACAUAUCAAAGAGAAGAUUACGAGUUGCUAUGAGUUAAUCGAAAAGGUAAGUGUUAGAAAGCCUCCAAAAGUUUUGUCACAACUCCGAGUCAUGACAACACAAGCUUGGAUUGAAUUGGGCGACUCGCCAUCUCCUUCACGUAAGAGGAAACGGGAAAAUGAAAUCGAAUAAAAAUAAAAUAAAAAAUAUUUUGGUUACAUGCCAGAAUUCUAAGAGUAAAAUAUAUAUAUUGGCGGAAUAAAGGAGAAAAGAGGCAUUGGAAAUGUGGAGAUGACUAUAUUCAAAGACAGCAGUUAUAUUUAUAUUGGACCAAGAGAAAAUAAAAUCAAUAAUAAUAAUAAUUAUAAUAAUAUGGGGGAAGAUUGAGAUCCUUAAAUGAACUCAACUACCUUUAUUUAUAUAAAUUAUAAAGUUUGGCUCUGUUAUAUAUAUACAUACACUAUGUGUGUAAAAUUUGUUAAAUUGGUCCCUGAGGUAUUAUUUGGUUUAUAAAUUGAGGAUAUGAGUAAUAAAAGUUACAUUUUGAGUUAUUAUUUCAU